CAGUCCAGCUAGAAAGCCGUUUAUUGUUCUCGCUCGCGCCAUCGACCGUUUGUUUCGGGUUUUCCAAACUUUUCCACCGUCCUAAUUGUUCGGUUCCGAAAUGACCACCACGGAUCGCGUGUACGCGCUGGACGAUCUUCCCCAGCUGAUAGAGGGUGUCAGCUCGGAGCACGUCGUCGGAGUCACACAGUCCAUCGUCAGUAUGAUGUCCCAUCCGGCCUACGGGAAGAAAUAUCACUGGAGCAAGUCGGACUUCGAGCUUGGUUGUGCCCUCGGGCGAGGAAAAUUCGGUCGGGUGUAUUUGGCUCGCGAGAAGCACAGCAAGUUUAUGGUGGCUAUGAAGGUAAUGUUCAAAUCGGAACUGGUUAAGGGACGGGUAGAGAAGCAGUUGCUGCGUGAGGUUGAAAUUCAAUCUCGAUUGAAGCAUCCUCACAUUCUGCGAUUGUACACUUGGUUUCACGACGAUAGGCGAAUCUAUUUGGCACUGGAGUUGGCCUCGCAGGGUGAAUUGUACAAACAUUUGAAGGCGUCACCUAAUGGACGGUUUAAUGAAAAACGAGCAGCGAAAUACACCUAUCAGGUGGCGGACGCUCUUAACUAUUGUCACGCUAAUAAUGUUAUUCAUCGUGAUCUCAAACCGGAGAACAUUCUUCUGACGGACGAUGACAACGUUAAGCUGGCGGAUUUCGGUUGGUCUGCUCAUACUAACUCAAACCGACGCAAAACUAUGUGCGGUACGCUCGACUAUUUGCCCCCGGAGAUGGUGGAUGGCAAGAUCUACGAUGACUCGGUGGAUCAGUGGUGCCUUGGUAUUCUGUGCUAUGAGUUUCUAGUUGGCUAUCCUCCGUUUGAGUCGGAAACUACUGAAGCCACGUACGAUCGGAUUCGGCGGCUUGAGGUGGACUAUCCGCGGCAUAUGAGUGUGGGCGCGAAGGAUUUGAUUUCCAAAUUGCUGCGGAAACCGAGCAACUCCCGCAUCACGCUGGUGGAUGUUAUGAAACACUUUUGGAUUAAGGAGAGUAUGGCGAAUUGAUGCCCCAGCGAGUGUUUUUUAAUUUGUGUAAAGGUCUGAUAUUUAAAAUAUAUUUCAAAUCAAGUUCAA